GGCAUAGUAAUACAGUUACUAUAACACCUGUACAUACACAUUGAGUCUACACGAUGAAGAUGCUGUGUGUCCAGCUGCUACUACUACUGUGCCUCCUAAACACCUGUCAGUCUCACCUAUGUCUGAUCUCACCGCGUCAACGGGGUGAUAUGGACAUCACAUCGGCGGGAAGCCACACAUGUUUUCGACACGGUGCCCCGUGCGGAGGGAUGCCAGCAGAGACCAGCAAUCUACAGAUAAUUGCGGGAGGGCAACAAAUGUUUAUAAAAUGGCAACAGAAUUUUAACCACUACGAAGUCGGGUACCCAGGGUUUAUGGACAUCAGCAUUGCACCAGUAGACAGUGACAACUUCACCCUCCUGUCGUUUGUCCCUGACAAAUACGUCUUCGCACAGGAUCACCAACAAAACUACACAGCAGUCAUUACGGCACCAAACAUCCAAUGUGACCACUGCGUCAUACGAGCCCGCUAUCAAUCUCAUAAAGCCGGAGAGACAAUUUUCUAUCAAUGUGCUGAUGUUAAAAUCACCAAAUCCAGUGGUCCAUUCCACAAAACCAGGAUGUCGGCUCCAUUUGAUCCAAACUUCAGAACACUGCAGAAGGCAACAGAACUUCAAAUGGAGUAUCCAAUGCAUGAAUACGCUGAUGCUUCUUUUAAUCUACAAGGACUUGCCUAUAACGAAUUUGAACCGGAUCGUUUGCACUUUGUCAAUGUAUCAUUGGACUUAGGAGUAGUACAGCCGCUAAACGAGUUUAAUAUUGGAGUUGACUUAACACGUUCCUCAAGACGAGCCGCAUUCCAGCAGCCAAAUUUUCUUAUGGAUGGCAUUGCGGCUCUUAAUCCUACACAAUCGGAAAUGCUGACAAUUUAUCAUCAUGGUGGUUCCAUGGAUAAUGUAGCUAGUGAAGUCAUGGUGAUAUUCACAAAUAAUGGAAAGCUGGAACUCACCACGGCCCUCCACGGCUUUGACGGCGUCCCAAUCAAUGCCCUAGAAUAUGUAAAACCACGAACAUACGUCUCUUUUGGCAUCCAAGAGAAUAAGGAGAAACCAGGCACAUUCCACUUCAUCCUUGGUCAGAUAACAUACGUACCAGGAACUGGCUUGGUGUACAAACAGAUUUACAGGAGUCCGGACACUGAAAACCUGUUCGUGAACUUCCAGUGGGCAAGCAUGGACCGAGUCUCGGGAGAGUUGUUUGUUCUGAUGGGUAACGAAAAUACCCCCGAUACUUUGGACGCCAGAAUAUAUGUCUACAACUUCUUCAACCAAUCUUUUAUCAAAAUGGUGCCAGUUCAAAAAUCAGACUACACGUUUAUGUCGAUCCACGUCUACCGUCCUGGACCACAGACACCCUUUUUAUAUGCUGUGGCACCUGAGGGUUCGUACUCCGAGAAGAGGCCAGCAUGGAGUCUGAUUAGGAUCGACCCUGUGUUAGGUACAGUGAUGCCACUCUUCCAGAUCUCCCCACCAGGUGUAUUUGAGCGAUACUAUGGAGGAUCAAUAUUUAAUGGAUUUGACCAGACCAAUGGUGUUUUGUAUCAUGUACUCAGAGUGGCCGAUACGGUGGCUGACGUCAUUGUCAGUGUCGACGUCAGAGGGAGGACUACUACCUUCUCUAGGCUUACAAACCUCCGACACAUACAUAAUCUGUCUCUGUCUCCAAAGUAACCGCGACAACUUGGGAAAACAGCAUGGUUAUAAAGCAAUGAACAACAGGAAUCGCUGAAAAUCAAUUAUUUUUUAGAGUUGUGUUUUCGUUUAGAUAUUAUGACAUCAAUAUGUCGUUAUCAUAUAACGUUUUAUGCUAUAAAUACUGAUUUACACUUACACGGAUAAAAUGGAAUGGAUGAAAACGAGAAUGGUGUUUAAAUAAUGAUGUUCAAUUAAUUUUUGUAUUAUGUGCAUAUCUAAUGGAAUAAAUAAAAGUUUAUAUCAAA